AUGAAGGGUGAAGAUCAGUGUAACCCUGUUUUAAGAAGCCUGAAUUCUACUGGCGGAUUAUUUAUUCAGUACCCAUGUUCACUUCCACAGAGACCAGUUGGCACAGCUAAUGAAAUCGCCGCGGAGCAGUCUGAGAGACAGGACGGAGGAGCUUCCACUGCCGCCGACCAGGAAAACGAGCUGCCCGCGCCCACCCCGUCAGGAUCCAUCAUCGCAGCAGUCACUGCCGCAGGCCUGCUGCCCACUCAGAGGCGGAUUGGAAAUGAAGUCACGCCGCGGGAGCAGGAUGAGAGACCAGGACGGAGGAAGUUCCACUCGCCGCCAGAGCAGGAAAGCGAGGCUGCCCGCGCCCACCCCGUCCAGGAUCCAUCAUCGCAGCGGUUCACUGCGCAGGCGCUACUGCCCACUCAGAGGCGUAAGCUCACCACGGAAAAGCCAAUGGCUGACACAUUAGACAUCGAGCAAUGUAAUUCCAAUAUUCCUUACGAACAGUGUCGUAUUCUUUUGCAAGAGAAUCACAUAACUGAAAAAGAAUUGAGUGUAUAA